UACUUGCUCUGAGCGUGGAGCCAGGGGCUCGCCCGUCCCACCGCAGACGGGGCCACUCAGCACCCAAGUCCGACGCAGCGCACUGUCAGCUCCGGGGCUUCAGGCCUCUGCUGCCUGGGCCGCACCCUGAGGAGCCGUCCCACACCUUUCCUCAGGUUCUGAGGGACGUACUCUGCAGGACGCUGUGGGUCAGAAGGGAGAGUGGCAGGCCCUGAUGGGAAUCAGUAUGCACCCCUGAAGGAUGCUGAGGGCAUUUCCCAUCCAGGCAGAGUGGGCCCCACUCUCCCACGCUCGGCACCCUCCGAGGGCGGAGGCAGGGAAGGCUGCGGGUGGUGCACCCACUCCCUGCCGCUGUCAGGGAGGUGAGAUUCUGUUCAGAGGGCUGACUUCAGCUCAACAGAGGGAGCCAUACCUGGUCAGCAGAGAAAAGACUUCAAAGAUCGGCCAGGACUCAAGAAAAGGACCCUUUGGGAGGAUGGAGGGUAUGAACGUUUCCCCCCACUUCGAAAGAGAAGGGACCUUAACGAGAGUCCAGGUUCCCCGUUCUCAGCCCAGGGAGGGCCUAGCAGGGAUGGCUGGAUGUGGCUCCUCUGCCGCAUGGUUGGGCCUGGGGGCUCUCCGGAACGUGAGGCCCUUGGCCGGUGGGAAACAUCAAGGCGGCAGAGGGAGGAUCCCAGGAUCACCCAGGCAGCCGUACGAGGACCCUGAAGGAGGGCUGACCUUACCCCCGCCCCCAUGUCAGAAAAGAAAGGACUGCACAGAGUCCACCUCUGCCCUGGUGUCAGCCCCGGAAGGAACAGUCAGCGGUGGCCCUAGGUGGCAUGCUCACCUGUCCCAUGGGUCGGAAGGUGGGGAGUCCUCGGGGAGCUGAGGUCUUGGUCUGAGGGGCACAUGGCUUCUGUCUGAGGUCGGGGGCCGGGAGGAAGGGCAGGCCCUGGCAGGAAGAAAGAGGAACCUACUCGGAGACUGAGGGACUCCCCAACCCAGGACAGGGGGGCCGGGCCCCACAGCCAGCCCUUUGUGAUCUUGCAUGUGGUGGAGAUGUGGUGUAGAUACCUUUUGGUAACAACCGCGUGUGGUGGAGAUGCCUUUUGGUACCAACUGCAAGAUGGAGGGGGCGUUGCCCACGACAGUGGGUCUCGCCCGCCCACAAAGAGUCUAGGAAUUCAAGGCAGCUCGGAGGCUCUAUCCAGAGAUGGCAGCAGCUUCCCCACAGAGUAGGUGCUCGGGCCUACAAGAACGUCCCACUAUUCGGUGGUCACUUGGCCAGCCCUGGGUUGUUCUGGGUGCUUGUGACCAAAAGGCCCUAAAACAGAGGUUCCCAGGACCCCGUCCGCCGGUGCCCCGAACCGGCUGGAGCAGCUCACGGAACUCAGGCACACAACUCACUCAGUAGACCCCCGGGUGCUUGCCAACGGAUGUAGCUCGGGAACAGCCAGACACGAGAGCUGCGUGGGCCACGGGAGGGCACGGGUGUGGAGAAGCUUCCAUGCCCUCUGAGUGCGCCCCUCCCCCCACACCUCCAUGUCACCCACCUGAAAGCUCUCUGAGCCUGUCCCUUUGGGGAUUGAUGGAGGCUCCCUCACUCAAUGGCUACCCCCCUCUGCACUCUCCUGUGCUCGGGGUGGGGGGACUGAAAGUUCCCACCCUCUAGCCCCCUGGCUGGUUCUCCUGGCACCCAGCCCCCAUCCAAAGGUGCUGCCCAAAGUCACCUCCUGGACAUUAACAAACGACACAUUUAUCAUUCCCCACACUUUGGAAAUUCCAAGAGUUUGAGAGCAGAGAGCCAGCGCCUGUGGACAAAGAGCAAAACCUACAUUUACUUAUAAAUCACAGUAUCCAAGGUGCCUUUUCAGGCUCUUGGGAGCUCUCAGGGAGGCGAGGACCAUGCUCUGAGAGGACAGCAUCAGGUGAUCUGAGGAAGCCCACCUGGGUGACAGGAGUCCCAGGCCUUUGGGUCGCCUGCGCCCACCGGGCCGCACCGGGUGCCUGCCGCCAGACGGAAGUCAUCAUGCCUCUGGGUGAGAGCAAGGAGCUCCAGAAGUUGGAGGCAGAGCUUCAGGACCCGAGAGAGGCCGAGCACCUGCCUCCCGCACCGCUGUCCUGGGCUGCGGAGGCCGAGGAGUUCCUCUCCCCAUCCUCCUCCUCCUCCUCCUCCUCCUCCUCCUCAUCGUCCUCCUCCUCCUCUUCCUUUGCCCUGUUCCUCGACACCCCAGAGGACGGGUCUGCCGCUGGGUCUCCAAGCCCUCCCCAGAGCCCUCUGAGUGCCUGCCCGCCGCCCAGUGCAGGGGCAGCCGCUCCCUGGAGCCUGUCUGAAGAUCUCUCAGGCUCAGCCCCGGAGGAGGAGGGCUCUGGCCCUGGGCUGGAGCCUGGAGCGGCACCGCCCCUGCUGCAAACCACACUCCACCUGAAGGCGGCCCACCUGGUGGCCUUCCUGCUCCUCAAGUAUCGCACCCAGCAGCCCACCAGCCAGGCGGAGAUGCUGGAGGUCAUCGGCAACGACGCCCAGGAUGCCUUCCCUGUGAUCUUGGGCUGGGCCUCCCACUGCAUGCAGCUGGUCUUUGGCGUGCAUGUGAAGGAAGUGGACCCCGGCGACCACUCCUAUGUCCUGGUCCCGGUCCUGGGCCUCACCUGUGACGGGAUGCUGAGCGGUGAGCAGGGCAUGCCCAAGAACGGCCUCCUGGUUUACGUCCUGGGGGUUAUCCUCCUCGAGGAUGACCGUGCCCCCGAGGAGGAGGUGUGGGAAGCGCUGGCGUUCAGGGGGGUGUAUGCAGGCCAGGAGCACUUCAUCUACGGGGAGCCCAGGGAGCUCCUCACCAAGGUCUGGGUGCAGGAAGGAUACGUGGAGUACCGGCAGGUGCCCGGCAGCGACCCUGCCCGCUACGAGUUCCUGUGGGGUCCCAGGGCCCACGCCGAAACCAGCGAGGUGCAAAUGGAGGAGUAUUUCCUCCGGCUCAAUCUUGGGGAGUCGGCUUCCGCGCUGGCCCUGUCUGAAGAGGCUGUGAGAGAUGAGAGAGGGGGGGCGUGAGCCCCAGGGGCAGCUUCGCUGGGUUCGGCAGCUUCUCCUCCAGGGUGUUGGGGGUGAAGCGAGGCCGCUUGUUUGUUCUUCCCUGGGGCGUGUGUGCGUGUGAGUGUGCGCGCGUGUGCGUGAAGACAGAGCCCUGGGCGUCGUAAAGAGUGCAGGGCCGGGGAGGGUGGGAGAAGAAAGCAGGGCCAGGAGCCUCCUGGGGGUGGCGGGGGGGGGGUUCCCUGGGAUGACUCCCACAUCCAGAGUCUGGUGUCCUGGAGAAAGCUCCCCUGUGGGGUUCCUUGCCAUAGAAGGUUUCAUCCGUUUCAGUGGCUGAGUGUGUGAGUGACAUCCACCCCGCAGCAUUUGUCCCUACCUAGUUCAAGAGUUAAAGAGUUUUGUCAUGUCCUGGAAACCAUUUGGGACCCCUUGCCUCCUCGUUUCUGCUCCGGACCAAAAUCACAGGGUACCGGUCUAGCGAUGGGUUGAAAAGGCGAAAGAAAGGACGAGGGAAGGGAUGGGGGUCAGGAAAUAGAAAAAUAAAAGGAAAAGUUUGUUGG